AUACCGGUGUUUGACAUUUCUCCAUUCACCUUGGUUUAAUAUGGAAGUAUUCGUGUUUUAGUUUUAGCUUUCGGAUAUAUAUGUAUGAGUGUGGUAUGCUGCCUAAUGAAUUAGAUGUUGGUUCUGUCUUUACCAAAACUGGACGAAGAGCUGGCAGAUGCAAAAAUCAAGUGACCCAGCAAACCAGACACAUUUUCUUUUCUCAGCUAGCUUACCACCUAGAAAGACUGGUUGUCAAAGUUGAAGUUCAAGAAUCACGGAGGAUGUUUAAAAUGCAGUUUCUCAGGUUCUCACCACCCACUAUAAGUUUCGAUUCAUUGGUUGGUAGGAGAGGGCAGAGAUAUUUGCAAUUUUAACAGCAUCCUCUUGAUUGUGAUGCAGCUGAUUCACAUUUUGAGAAACUGUACAAAUAGGUACCCUACAGAAAUGACAGGUGUUAAAUUUAGGAUGGCCAUCGCUUGUACGCCGGGAGAAGCCCACGCUGGGCCCAAUUUAUAUAGGGGUUUUCAUUGUCAGCUCAAGAGCAGCCUCAGAGCCCAGAUAACCUACGCCAGCACCCGGAGCGGAUUCCGCCAGGUGGGAAAGGCCAGGUGGAGCGCUGGGUCCUUCCCGCAAUUGUGGCUCCUGGCCGGAGGCUCCGCCCCCUUCCUCUUGGCCCCUCCCCUCUCCGUGGCCCCCCCCCUCCGCCCAGCCAACGACGCCACGACCGGAAAUGACGACACCGGUGAGGGCUUUCGGGCGGGGCCUGGGACAGGCAGCCCAGGGGUCCGCGGUUUCACAUCGGAAACAAAACAACGGCUGGUCUGGAAGGAACCCGAACUGCGAGCGGAGGUGGCGGCAGCAACGGCGGCGGCAAAGAAGCGUGUACCCAAUCUGGGAGCCUGCAAGUGACAGCAGCCCUCGAGGUCCUUAGACAGCUUGGCCUGGAGGAGAACACAUGAAAGAAAGUUCUGUUUUUCUUUCCCAUUUCAGAACCUCAAGAGGCUUUGUUUUCUGUGAAAAAGUAUUUCUAUACGGUUGCUCCAAUGACAGAGUUACCUGCACCAUUGUCCUAUUUCCAGAAUGCACAGAUGUCCGAGGACAACCACCUGAGCAAUACUGUACGUAGCCAG